UCGCAGUCGUAAAUAUGCCGGAGACAGACACCGCUCACGCGACAGAGGAAUGUCAAUCCGCGAGCGCUCAGUCCUUGCAGAUGCGCCGGCACCAAGCCGAGGCACGGCCUUUGAGAUAUGCUCGCGAAGCCAGCUCUCCUCCUGAUUGUCGUGCACGGAUGCAUUGAAACUGUACUGUGCCAAAGACCAGGAGCCCACUUGAAAAAGUCUAAGCAGUGGAAGAAUUUCGAGAGAGACUGGGAUAUAUUAAUGCAUCAUGUAUUCACGGAGGAAGAGGAAGUGCUCCUCUCAAACUGCUGUAACCCAGAACAGUCUAAGGCUGUGGAACUUUGCGUCAAGAGAUCGAGUUUUACCUGGAAAGAAUACAUAGAGCUGCAGAUAUCGGUGGUAAGAUGGAGGAAUAACAAGAACCACGUCGACGAAAGGGAAGAGAAAAAGAAAAUCUUCGAACUGUUGAAAAGAGGGAAGAUAUCCGUGUGGGUUUUGAUAACGAAGCUCAGGGGACUCAUGGACUGCUUGUGGACAGUUCACAAAAAAAGGACAAACAACAGCUCGUAACUAAACUGGCAAUAAAAUAUGUACAUUUUCCUCCAGCGA